AUGUAGCUGUGGGUGGAGAUUCAUCUGAUAACCCCCCCAAACCCUCAGCCUCUCAGCCCAAAGACCAUGAGUAACCAGACACUGGUAACAGAGUUUAUCUUGCAAGGCUUUUCAGAGCACCCAGAAUACCAGGUGCUCUUAUUCAGCUGUUUCCUCUCCCUUUACUCCGUGGCACUCACAGGUAAUGUCCUCAUCAUCUUGGCCAUCACCUUCAGCCCUGGGCUCCACACCCCCAUGUACUUUUUCCUGUUCAACUUGGCUACUAUGGACAUUAUCUGUAUCUCUUCCAUCAUGCCCAAGGCACUGGCGGGUCUGGUGUCAGAGAGCUCCAUCUCCUAUGGGGGCUGCAUGGCCCAGCUCUAUUUUCUCACAUGGGCUGCAUCUUCUGAGCUGCUCCUCCUCACCGUCAUGGCCUAUGACCGGUAUGCAGCCAUCUGCCACCCGCUGCAUUACAGCACCAGGAUGAGCAGGACAUUCUGCAGCCUGCUGGCUGCAGGCGUGUGGGUGCUCUGCGCCUUGAAUACGGCCAUCCACACCGGGCUGAUGCUGCACUUGGAUUUCUGUGGCCCUAAUGUCAUCACCCAUUUCUUCUGUGAGGUCCCUCCAUUGCUGCUUCUCUCCUGCAGCUCCACCUAUGUGAACAGUGUCAUGAUUGUCCUGGCUGAUGCCUUUUACGGCAUAUUGAACUUCCUCAUGACCGUCGUGUCAUACGGCUUCAUCAUCUCCAGCAUCUGGAAGAUGCGGACUGUGGAGGGGAAGCAGAAAGCCUUCUCCACCUGCUCGUCCCACCUCACUGUGGUGAGCAUGUAUUACACCACGGUCUUCUAUGCCUACAUAAGCCCCGUCUCCAGCUACAAUGCAGAGAAGAGCAAGUUGGCUGGUGUGCUCUACACCAUAUUGAGUCCUACGCUCAAUCCCCUCAUCUAUACUUUGAGAAACAAGGAGGUCAAGGCAGCCCUCAGGAAGUUUUUCCCCUUCUUCAGAAAUUAA